ACCCAUCGUCAGUAGUGCGCGAGCGCCGAGCGGGAACACACGGAGCCGCGCGAGCUCCUGCCACGAGCUGCACAUUUCCCGCAUUUCCCCCACUUUUAUUGCCGUAUGUAGGGUUUAUUUUCGGUAUUUGAAGCUAGCCGUGUUUCUUUUUUUUUUAUUUCAGGCAGUAUUUCUGUACUAACACCUGACGGACAUCUUUUAUUUCACGAGAACUGGCUGUGAAGAGCGAGCAGAGGUCUGGGACAGAAGCUUUAACGUUCAUUUGAGGAGGAAAAGUGAAGGAGAACUUUUCCUCUCAGUCUGGAGGACCAUCAGAUCUACAACAAUACUUUACCUUCAUUUUGUUGAAAUAUGUUUUAGGGAAAUACAAAAAAAAAAAAAAAAAACCUCUCCUAAAAUAUAAUCUCUGGGAAAACUGAGUGAAGACAGAAGCAUCUUCUUAUUAUGGGAAUAAUGUGGAUUUAAUAGAGCUUCAUAUACUCUGAGAUGGAAAAGUUUCUGGCAAUCUGUUUGACUUUUUCGUUGUUUUGACAGCAGAAAAGAGGAGAAGUUCCUCCGAACUCAUUGUGAAGAAUUCCUGAAGAUCUGCACAGGCUUCGUUUUCACACUUCGCAUUCUUUACAUUUCUCAGACGUGGUUUUCGCACUGUGGUGGGUUUUCAUACGCAGGCACACCUUAUAGGAUUUAAUGAACGGCACGUUUUUCCGAAUUAUAAACCCAUGAACUUAACAAGCUGCAUGUCGCCGAAGAUCCUGUGAACUCGGCAGUUUCACAGACUCUAAAGGAUGUGAUUAAAACUCACUCUUUGAAGGAUCUCAUGAGCUUUGAAGGAUAAUGAACUCUAAACACUGAAGGAGCUCAUGGACUUGCUCUGAUUCGGUCCGACUGCAGAUUUUCGUGUGCACUUCUCCUCGGGGUUAUUUUGCAUGAUGGACAGAGAAGCUCACAAACUCUCUGAAUGUCCUCAUGGACUGAUGUUUUUACUCGUAUUCCUCGUGGAGAGCUUAACGGUCACAGCAGCCAACCUGGAGCCCAUCUAUUGGAACUCCUUCAACAACAGGUUUGGGGCCGAGCGAGGUUACGUGCUGUACCCUCAGAUGGGGGACCGUUUGGACCUGGUGUGUCCCGCAUCCUCGUCCCCGCCGCAGUACGAGUUCUAUAAGCUCUACCUGGUGUCACAGCGCGAGCAGGCAGACAGGUGUGAGCUGAGUGAAGACUCCAACCUGCUGCUCACCUGCGACAAACCCAACGCCGACACGCGCUUCACCAUCAAGUUCCAGGAGUUCUCCCCCAACCUGUGGGGCCACGAGUUCAAGAACCUGCACGACUACUACAUCAUAGCUACCUCGGAUGGGACGAGGCAGGGGUUAGACAGCAGGAGGGGAGGAGCAUGUGUGACACGAGGGAUGAAAGUUGUGCUCAAAGUGGGACAGAGUGCAUAUGGACUUCCUCCCAAACCAAAACUUGAUCCAGGUCGCUCCAGCAGCAAAACUCCAGAUCACGGUGUGGACUCCCCGAACAGUGUCAACGGAGCCGAAGCAGGUGGGAUGGACACAGGUGAUGGUUCAGUCUCAUCCUCUGUCACCAUUGUGAUCUUCAGUGCAGUGGGCGGAGCUUUUGUCCUGCUGUUGGUUGCCGUAGUAACUGGAGUGGUGUGCUACCGCAGGAGAAAAGCCAAGCACUCAGAAACACAGCGGCCUAGCCUGUCUCUCUCCGCCCUCACACCCAGAAGGGGUGUGGCCAACACUGCAGGAAACACAGGAAUUAUCGCCGGAGGUAACAUCACCGGCGGCACAGAGCCCAGUGACAUCAUCAUCCCGCUGCGGACUUCUGACUCCGCCUACUGCCCGCACUACGAGAAGGUCAGCGGCGAUUAUGGACAUCCAGUCUACAUCGUACAGGAAAUGCCUCCUCAGAGUCCUGCUAACAUCUACUACAAAGUAUGAGGAGGGACCUGGAAAUCUCUCUCUUUCUCUCUCACACACACUUACACACACUCACACACUCACAAAAACACUGAACUCUUUCUUGGGAACAUGUCCUUAUCUCACAUGCCGAGACGUGUUCUGCGUGUAAAGUUUGCUUCUUUACUUUGCUAAAGGCUAAUGCUGCUAACAAGUAAUGGAAGCUUAUAGCUACCAGUUUAACAUACUGAACUGAAUUUGUGUAUAACUCAUCCCUAUGAAGCUGAGACUCUUUCUUCCUCAGCAGGAAGUUUGACCUCACUCGACACCAGCACAGGCUCAGGUAGGGGCGGGCCUUAGCAAGCUAGCUAGCGAUCAAUGCUAAACAUAAUUACAGUGUUUUUUUCUCAUUGUUUUAGCAGUUUUUAACACAUCUGAAAGAAAAAGUUGAGGUUUUCGAUCAUCGUAUAGUCGUACAUUUUUCGUAUUAGUCGUAUAAAAGUUUUCUGAGCUACAUGUCGCUAAACACCAUUAGCUUCCCAGUAUGCUAGCAAUGUGAGUAAUAAACAAAUAAAAUACAAUAUCUAGUACUAUAUCCAUAAUAAUUAAUGAUAGAUUUUGCUAUCUAUAUUUAAUAUAUUAUAUUUAUGUAUUACUAAAGUCGACUAAAAUCAGUUUUUUAUUAUAUUAAUAAGUCCAUAUAUUUAGAUUCAUAUUUAUGUACAAAGCUGCAAUAAUCAUGUAUCAGGUUUUUAAUUUCAAUCAUGCCAUGACAUGGUCACAUAAACACUCUUCACUGAUAAAACCCUUCACUCCUGAGUCCAGUCGCUAAACCGGAGGCUAUGAGCUUCUGGUACUUGUUAGCAACAUUAGUAUCGUAACUAGAGAUGCAAAGCUUCACACAGCAAAUGUGCCACGCUGCAGUGAUGACAUCCUGGGACACACCAACAUGUGAACAUUUUGAUUUUGGACUACUGCUCUGAAUGCUGUGUGUGUGUGUGUUUAUGUGUGUGUGUGUGUUUUACUCUGCGGAUCUUGACACACCUGCAGUAGAGACUGGCACUGAAGCCUUGUGUUACUUCCUGUUUCUCAUCUGUUGUAGUAAAUGUUUGGAUUGUGCGUGUGUGUGUGUGUGUGUGUGUGUGUGUUAAAGAUGGCCUAAAACCCCACAAACACAUUGUAAGUUGGAACAGUUGAAAUAUUGAAGCGUGGGUUUUAGAUCUGUGUUUGUGUGUUUGGUUUAUUCUGCACCUCUCUCUGCGUGUUUAUUUCAGUCACCGUGAAAACCGAAAGCGACGGCGUUUCCCUCCUCCUGCGUUUGUCCCGAUUUAUCCUGCUGUCUUUCCCUCUCCAUGCAUCUAAACCUGGAUGCACAUGGAGAACUGCGUUCCGCCUCACGCUGGCUGUUAGCAGGUUACUGACGACUGCACGUCGGCUCUCUGCGACUCUGCACACAGACACAGAUUAAAGUGGAAAUAAUUUAGUGAUGAUAUUAAAAGGUGAAGUCAGUGGUGUUUACGACAGCAACAGUGUCUCCUUAUAUUCCUCUAAUGGAAUUUCUGCUCUGAGGAGAAGCUGUGGUGCUUCUGCUGAACUACAGACAUAAACAGAUGUGAUGUGAGCGUAAACAAUAACAUAAACCAAUCAGGACAAAGAACCGGCCCUGCUCAGGUUCCGGAAGCUCCGCCGCUUGCACUAAUGCUGUCUUCAGGUAUUGUCAGAAAUAUUACAAUUAUGUGGUAAACACACGAUUCCAUAAUUACCACUUGGA